AAACGUUAAAAACGGAAGGAAAAGAGUGGAAAAACACGUACGCUGAAGAGUGAGAAAAAGUUGUCAAAGCCAUUGGGUUUCUCUGCGGUUGACCCUGUAGAUUGGUGAAGAUGGUGAGCAAGACAGAGGAGACCCAGUUGAGCAAUCUGGAGAACCAGGUGGACAAUGGAGGAGGAGGAGCUUGGGAGUUCCUCUGCCUGGUCAGGAAGCUCAAGGUCCGGCGUUCCGAGAAGGUUUUGAAGCAUGGGUUGUCGAUCCUCAGGGAUCCCAAAAACCGAUCCAGCCUCGGUCCGGACGAAUGGACUCUUUAUGAGCAAGUAGCAAUUGCAGCUAUGGACUGCCAAUGUCUUAAUGUUGCAAAGGACUGCAUAAAGGUUCUGCACAAAAAAUUUCCAGAGAGCAAAAGAGUUGGCAGGCUGGAGGCAUUGUUGCUUGAAGCAAAUGGGUCCUGGGAAGAGGCAGAAAAAGCUUACUCAAGCCUUUUAGAAGACAAUCCAUUAGAUCAAGCAAUACAUAAGAGAAGGGUAGCUAUGGCAAGGGCCCAAGGAAAUAUGUCUGCGGCCAUCGAAUUUCUCAAUAAAUAUCUUGAAACAUUUAUGGCUGAUCAUGAUGCCUGGAGAGAGCUGGCUGAAAUAUAUGUUUCCUUACAAAUGUACAAGCAAGCAGCAUUUUGCUAUGAGGAGCUAAUAUUAUCUCAACCCAUGGUUCCCCAGUACCACUUAGCAUAUGCUGAUGUGCUUUAUACACUUGGUGGACUGGAGAACCUUCAGACUGCAAAGAAAUAUUAUGCAUCCACCAUAGACUUGACAGGAGGCAAAAAUACCAGAGCGCUUUUUGGAAUCUGCUUGUGUUCUUCUGCCAUUGGACAGCUUUCUAAAGGACGGAACAAGGACGACAAGGAAAGCCCAGAGCUACAAUCUCUGGCAGCAACAGCCUUGGAGAGAGAAUACAAGCAGAUAGCACCUGACAAGCUUUCUCUACUUAGCACAGCCCUUAAAAGCUUGAAAGUUUCAGCAUAACUCCCCCAAUUAUCGAAGAUUGUCAUUACUCUUGCCCAAUCCCUCCAAAACUGAAAGAAUUCAUCAACAAUUAGCUGCUCAACUUGCUUAGGAUUUGCUAAUAUUUCAGACUCCAUUCCAUGAUAUAGGAGCUGGGAUAUUUGUUUUUGUUUCCCCCUCCCAAGCUUUAAAUACACUGAUGUGAUGUGUUUAUUAGGAUGCCCCUUCUGUGUGCUAGGAAUUACUGGAUAACUUUUAUCUUUCUCAAUAAGUUGAGAUCCCAUUUUCUUUCUAA